GUUUUAUUGGAUCGAGGGGAGGAAGAGAUUUUUAGGAGGGGAAAGAGGAGAGGCUUGUUGGGGAUUAAGCUUGCAGACAGAAGUUAGCAUUGAGGCACAGAAAUAGGGAGGUAGAAAGUGAAGUGGAGUAAUGGAUCUGGAAAGACUUUGAUUUAAGAAGUGAACCUCUUGUAACUUUGGAGGAGAGGGUAUUUAUGAAUGUGAAAGAAUAGUGGAGCUUUAGGAGAUGAGAUGAUUAGAGCUUCAGCUCCAAUGAAGCAAGAAUGAGAGUUAUGAGAUGAAUAUAGAGAAGAUUAAAGGGUGUUUAUGUAAGUGGGGGAUAGUACGGUACAAGAAGCACAAACUCUUUUGCAACCAACAUAGCAUUUACCUUUUGAAACUAUUUUCUGUGGAAGCACAUGAAGUACUACUUAAUAAGUUCAUCCACACACUAAUACCUAAAUAUUUCUACACAAUCAGGGUAUCAAAAAAGGCAAAGAGGCAAUGCUCAAGAAGAGAAGAUUCAGGGAUUUCUUACUCCCUAAUUGAAGAAAGAGAUCUUUCUUAUUAAAAGUUAUACCUUAUUCUCAAGGCCUUUAUCCUGACUACGAGCAGAUAAAUUGCAUGAAAAAGUGAGCACAGAAGCGGUUUCCAAAGAGAACUUGUAAACAUAGAACUACCAAUAUUAGAUUC